AUGGCGGGCUCUCGCAGCGUCGUCGACCGCGACAAGCAAGCCCAGUCUAACUUCGACGUCGACUAUGUGAUCCACUACUCAAUCCCGCCGAAGGGUAGCGCCGAGGCAGAGGCCUCCUUCGCCCAGCUCAUCACCGCCCUCUCCGCCGUAGGCUUCGCAACCGAGGUCCGCCCAGGCCGCCUCCACCGCCGACACCAGGGCCCCUCCGCCUCCUCCUCCCCGCCGUCCUCCCUCCUCGUCUUCGUCAAGCUCGCCUCCGACCGGCUCCUCACCUCGCAGAUCUACCGCGCCCGCGUGCAGGACUGGCUCUAUGGCGUGCGCCCCGCCGCCCCCGCCGCGAACCCCGCCGACGACGGCAGCAACGAACCCGUCACGCAGGCCGAGCGCCUGCGCCUGGCCUACAUGCUGAUCACGCGCCCGCGCAACGAGGGCGGCGCCGGCGUCACGCCGCGCCGCGGCCAGUGGCGCUUCGUGCAGAGCGUCUUCCCGCUGCACGACCGCGCGUUCAACAGGGAGUGGAUCGGCGAGUGGAGCAGGAAGUAUUACCUCGACGACGGCGACAUCGACCGCAUCCGCGACCGGUUCGGCGAGCGGGUCGCCUUCUACUUUGCGUUUUUGAAGUCGUAUUUCGCCUUCCUGCUGUUCCCGGCCGCGUUUGGCUUCGCCGCGUGGCUGGUCCUGGGCCCGUUCUCGUGGCUGUACGCCGUGGUCAACUGUCUGUGGUCCGUCGUGUUCUUUGAGCACUGGAAGAUGAAGGAGGUCGACCUGGCGGUGCAGUGGGGCGUGAGGGGCGUCAGUCGGAUUCAGCACCCGCGGUCGCAGUUCCGGUUCGAGAGGGAGGCGGUGGAUCCCGUGACGGGCGAGAUCGUCAAGGUGUAUUCGCCCGUCAAGAGGCUGGCGACGCAGUUGUUGCAGGUGCCGUUUGCCGCCGCCUGCGUGGUGGCCCUGGGCGGCCUGAUUGCGGGCUGCUUUGCCAUUGAGAUCUUCAUCACCGAGGUGUACAACGGGCCGUUCAAGCAGUACCUGACCUUCUUGCCCACCGUCCUUCUGACUAUAUUCAACCCGACCUUAACGACGCUGCUCACUCGCCUGGCGGAGAAGCUGACCGAGUUGGAGAACUACGAGACUCACGAUGCGCAUCAGGCAUCUUUUGUCCGGAAAAUCUUUGUUAUCAACUUCAUCACCUCAUAUCUGGGCGUCUUCCUGACCGCCUUCGUCUACGUGCCCUUUGGAAAGCUUCUCGUGCCCUACCUCGAUGUAUUCCAGCUCACAGCGCAGCGAUUCACCGCCGAUGGGAAACCCGUGCCGACCAAAAGCUGGCAGAUUGACCCCAACAGGCUCACCAAGCAGGUCAUCUACUUCACCGUCACGGCGCAGAUCGUCAACUUUGCCACCGAGGUGAUCGUGCCCUACGCGAAGCGCAAGCUGUUCAAGAGGGUCGAGAAGGUGCAGUCGGACCUGUCCGAGAAGACGGCCGUUCACACCAAAGACUCGCCCGAAGAGGCCGAGUUCCUCGAGAGGGUGCGAGACGAGGCCGAGCUGGAUGAGUACGACGUCACGAUCGACUAUAGGGAGAUGGUGAUCCAGUUCGGCUACCUCUCCCUCUUCUCGGUCGUCUGGCCGCUCACCGCCUGCUCCUUCCUGGUCAACAACUGGGUCGAAGCGCGGUCCGACGCCAUGAAGAUCGCCGCCAACUGCCAGCGGCCGAUCCCCUGGCGCGCCGACUCCAUCGGGCCCUGGCUCGGCGCCCUCGGCUUCCUCUCGUGGCUCGGCAGCCUCACCAGCGCCGCCCUGGUCUUCCUCUUUCACAGCAACAGCAGCAUCAGCGGCAGCAGCGGCAAGACCGGCGGGCCCGACGGCUCGCCCUGGGACAUACGCGCCUGGGCGCUGCUGCUGGCCAUCUUGUUCGCCGAGCACGUCUACCUGGUCGUCCAGCUCGUCGUCCGGGGCCUGGUCCGCCAGCUCGACAGCCCCGGCCUGCAGAAGGAGCGGGCCGAGCGGUUCGCCAUGCGCAAGAGGCUGCUCGACCGCAUGGCGGAGCGCGGCGUCAGCGCCGAGCCUGCUGCUGGGCCGGGUGUGGGUGGUGGCGCGGAGGAGGAGAAGAUCACGAGGGAGGCGCUGGAGGAGGAGGCCAGGCGGCUUUCGGUUUCGGGCGAGGGCAGGCCGGAGCAGCUGUUUUGGCUGCGGCAGAGGAGCGCGGACGAGACGAUCCAGGUCGGACGGGCGUUGAUUGCUGAGACCACUUCGUCGAACCAGACCGGGUCGAGGAAGUAG